CUCUGCCCUCCUUCCUUCCUUCCUCCGACAGGGAAGGGAAAAAAGAAACUCAAACUGAGAGGUUGAGACCACGAGUGCGGCGGCGGUCCACCCUCCUGUGCCCUAGUCCGGCCGCCGGCCAGACAUGGAGGCGCGCGGUCCUAUUCCGAAGAGGACGAAAUUUACGGCGCCCAAGAUCCAAGAGGUGCUGCCGUCCCGGGAGGCUUUGGAAGCCCCCGGCCACGGACCACCCCCCUCCGCCCACAACCAACAACCGCCGCCCGGAGCGGGCGAGGAUGAAGGAAGCGCCGACCGCAUCAGCAACCUCCCCGACACCAUCCUCGGCGAGAUCGUCUCCCGCCUCCCCACCAACCAAGGCGCUCGCACCCAGAUCCUCGCGCCCCGGUGGCGCCACAUCUGGAGCUCCGCGCCUCUUACCAUCGACUGCGAAGGCCUCCCCGCCGAUAACGAGGUACUCGCCGGCAUCGUCUCGCGUACGGUUUCAACGCAUCCGCCCCCCUGCCACCGCUUCUGCGUCCCCUCGUGCUUCCUCGGCGACCGAGCGUCUACUGUGGACAAAUGGCUCCGAACCCCCGCUCUGGACAACCUCCAGGAGCUGGAGUUCUGGUUCAAGCCAUACUAUCGACCGCAGCCGCUGCAGCAUCCGCCACCAUCGUCCAUGUUCCGCUUCUCGGCCACGCUCUGUGUUGCCACCAUCGGAAACUGCAACCUUCCGGACAGCACCGUCCAAGGGCUUCACUUCCCCCUGCUUAAGCAGCUCGGACUUGAACUCGUCAGCAUCUCGGAGUGCUCACUGCACAGCUUGAUUGCCAGUUGCCCUGCUGUGGAGUGCUUGCUGAUUAGCCAUGGAUUCGGCUUUUGCUGCCUCAGGAUCAACUCCCUUACCCUUAGAAGCUUUGCUGUCAAGAACUAUCGGAAAGGCAAUGACCAGUUAAAGGAACUAGUUGUCGAGAAUGCGCCUUGCCUUCAAAGCUUGCUCCAUCUUGAUUUUGACUAUGGUUUGCAUAUAUCAGUGGUCUCCGCGCCUAAACUGGAGACCCUAGGCUGCCUUUCUGAUGGGUUUUACAUCUCCAAACCAGAUGAUCUCUCUAGAUUCGUGUUUGGCUCCACAGUUAUUCAGGGCUUGCGUGUCGAUAGACUGACAACGGUGGUGCACGCAGUGAAGAAUUUAGCUGUCAAUAUGAAGAUUCUUAGUUUGGAUACAAUUAUCGAGUUGAUGCGAUGCUUUCCAUGCUUGGAGAAGAUAUAUAUUGAGUCAGAGUCAAAGAAGGAAAAAAAUGUGCGCGGUCGCAAACACCGGAAUCUUACCAAAUGUCCUAACAUCCGUCUAAAGACAAUAGUAUUUGAAUGUUAUGAGGGUAUUAAGUCUGACAUCGAAUUUGCUUCAUUCUUUGUACUGAACGCUACAGUGCUGGAGUUAAUGAAACUUCAGAUCAGAGCCAGGGAUUAUAAUGAACAAUUCUUGGCAGAACAACGUAGGAAGCUUCAGCUAGUAAACAAGGCUUCACGAGGUGCUCGGUUUCAUUUUACAACUGAUAAAUGUGCCCGUGGUGUUUGGGAUGUGCAUCAUGUCCGUGACUUGGAUUUAACUGAUCCAUUUGUAUGUUGAAACUAGCACUUGUCCAUUUUAGAAUUAUUCUUCAAUGUUAGCCUAUCUCGGUUGUUAUCCUGUCAAAACUUGAUUGCUUUUGGUGUUUGCCGUUUUUGUAAGUUUAUAUUUUACGCUAGCUGUUUGUGUCCUAACAUGUAACAGCCUUGCAAUUUAUGAAGCAUAGGGUAAUCUGAUUGUCAUAUUGAGGAUUAA